AAUUGUAAGAACAUUUAAGAAGGAUUGUUGAUGGUGCCAACUAAAAGAAAAUCAUCAAAAAUUUAUGUCUUUAACUAUCUUUGGAAAGGGAUCAUUAGCAUUAGUGAAGUAAAACAAUUCCUCUAGAAAAUCGGUGAGUGAUUUUGGCAGCUGUUCACAUGGUGUUGAUGUCAGUUAAACAUCUUCUUGUAGCUUUUUACCAAUAGCUUAGAUACGACUAAGAGGAAUGUGUGUAUAUCUCAUAUCACAACUAUGGACUUAUCAGACUUCUCAGUGUGGUUACCUGGCAUCUGUGACAACGAGCUCAUUGUGUCCUAGACUCCUCUGUCCCUUAUCGUCUUGGGAAGAGGACAGUGUUAAAUCGGGCAAGGAGUUGGAACUAGAUGAUCUUUAAGGUCCUUUCCAACCCGAACCAUUUUAUGAUUCUAAACCAGAGGAGUCUUGUAAACAGCAGCACUAACGAGGUUUGGGUCCUUAUUAGUGGAUUCUGUGACAGACUAUAAUACUCUUCCCUUAGAGCUCCCAGGUGGUCCCUGAUUUCAUCCACCAUAAUGAACAAAAUGAGGUUACUGUCCGUAAGGCUGCUCUGUGGCCACACAUAGGCUGGCCGUUGCUUGCUACUUAGCUUUCAAGCAUUCAGAAUGCCCUGCCCCUCAACUGGGGAUCUGCACAGAUAGCUCUGAGAGGUACAUAUAUGUCCCCCAUUCGUGUAUUAUAUGGGGUUGACCUUAAUAACUGUGAAGUUUUUAUGGCAUUUCACUGUAAUGGUCAACUGUCCCCUUGUUUGAGGUGGCUUUCAAGCAAAAAAAACCUUAGGGCAAGCAUAUUAAGGGAGUUUAGCUUUGGAAUUGUUUUGGAUUCUCUUUGGUUUUUUUUUUUGUUUUAGAAAACCAGGCUAAUAGCUAAUGGGGCAUUUGUGAGUGUAAGAUGUGUAAAGAUCCAGGAUGUGAGCAGGGGAGCUUUGUCAAGUGGUAUAUGAUUGGGUCACAUAGAGCAGUGCUCAGGGUUUCAUGUGUCAUGUUACGGAAGAUGCUGGAAGGAUGGUUGCUCUACAGCACAGCCAUAUGCUAAGAAACAAAAAUAGGAGUUCCCAACUCUAAUGGACCACCUACUGGAGCUUGGUUUGUGCUAAUCCAUAUAAAGACAGGCUUUGAAACUGGAAUCCUGUGGAGUUAAUAGAGCAAAUAAAAGGAGGCUUGUAGCCCAACUUUCCUGAGCUACAGACCUAUGCAACAUAUGUCUGCACCCUCUAUGUUUUCUACCCUUUUGUCAGUAACUUGAUCAAAUAUUUAUUAAAAAACCUCUAUUGAUUAAUUCAUAUAGCUUUGUAGAAGACAGUAUGAAAUAAUUAUAAAUGCUAGUUGGCCUCGUUUAACAUACCAAGUUUUAGCUGAAUUGUUAAGAUAGUUUGGAGGGCUCUAAAAUCAUUAACAGAUUCAGUAGAGUGGUAAAUUAGUACCAAAAUUACCAUAUAAAUCAGGAAUUGGCUACACGAAAGAUGAGAAUUGAAUUUUUUUAAUAUGUAUUUUCUUAAUGGAGGCAAGGGUGAAUUAGGCUAAGUCAUAGCACGAUAUUCAUUACUACAUUACUGAAUGGUGGACAAAAAUAUUAAAGAUACACUGAUGAAUUUUGCUUUUAAUAAAACAAUGAGACACUGCUAUUAGAGAUUAGGAUUAGGAUGCACUAGAUGUCCUGCAAACUGGAGUAGUGAGACAAUGAUGAGAUCUUAACCAUAAUAUUGUACAACAAAUCUGAUAUCAGUGAAGAAAAUUUAAGAUCAAACUAGAGUGGAUGAAGAGAAAACUGCAAGAAAUAGGAAGGAAAAACAAAAAUUCAGUCUUAUAAAUGGACCUUGGAAAAUUUGACAAUUAUUCACUCUAAUGAAAGUUGAGAGAAGAUAUAAAUGCUCUUGAUAAUUAAAAGAGUGAAGAAAUAUACAACAGAAAAUUAAGUCAAAUUACAAUUUAACAGAAGAACAAAUAUAUGUAAGCAUUAAUAAAUUGAUUCUGUAAUUAAGAAGUUUUCAGUCUCGACACCAGUGUACUGGGAUAGUCUUUUUUUGUGGUAAUAGUGUGGUAAAAGAAAACUUUCUGGAACUUAGACUGCUUUUAUGAAAGUGAUUAUAUGAUGUUUUUUGCCUAAAAUAGCAGAGAUGGACUUGAUGACAGUAGAUGUCGCUGUGGUCAUUAUACAAAGAUAAAUAUUACUGAAAUUGGUAAUUUUACCUACUGAAAAAAAGUUGUAGGUUGAAGCUUGUUAUAGAAAUUACAUAUAAAAGGAGAAAGAUGCCUACUAUCUAUUUUCAGUUCCAGAAUUUUGUGAAAAGGUUUUGUUUAGAAGAAAUGUUACUUUAUGAUUUAUUGAAGUUGGGGUUUAUGAGGCCAUACAUUAUCAGAAUAAAUGGUGGUCUUGUUCUUCUGUAUUUUCCUAGUUCCUCAGGCUUAGAAUGGAAAGAGUGAAUACGUGAGAUUGUCUGGCCAUGGAAAGGAGAAGAUGCCUGCUGCACGGGUGCCAGUGCUGGCAGCAAGAUCACUGGAUCUCUUCUAUUCCAGGAGACAUGGAGGUCUAUUUGUGGUUGGAGCUACCUGACUAGAUAAAGUAUAGAUCAGUCUGCUGUGAAAGUACCUCCCAUGAGGAAGACUGCCUGAUGCUUUAGUUUGCUCUGAAUGUAUCAUGUUAUCAGAUAAGCCUUUUCAUGAAAUCAAAAUCCAAACCCAGUAUUCUGGUUUCUGAGCUUGGCUUGGAAUUUUUUUAUCCCCUUGUCAAUUCAGGUGGGCCAUUAUCUGUUGCUAAUUUUAAAUGGAACCGUGGAAGUAAAAUCCUGGAAUAAAACUUGCAAUGCUUCUUUAAGCUUUAGAAUAGGCAACCUUGACUCAGAUUUGCAGUAAGGGCAGUUUAUGCAUCUGCAGCAUAUAAAUAGCUCUUUAAAUAUGUGUAAAUAAAAUAUACUCAUGUUUAAAGCUUCUCUAUUUUGACAAAGUGGAGUAAAAUAUUUUCACUGUAAAAAACAGUUAAAGCUAACUUACCAUAGAAAAAGUACACUUCAGGAUGGGGAUUUUCACCAGAACCAAAACAUGGCUGCUGAAAGGGAGAUUGCACUGUCUUAAGUUUAAAUGGGUUCUGAAGCCAGUUAAUUUACACCACUGUAAAUGAAGCUUACAGAGGGCAAACGUACAGCUACCUAGCAAGACCAGAGCUACAAGACAAAAUCAGUUUCAAUUGACUAAACACUCAAAGGUGUACUGUUACCAAACUGUCUCUAAGUGACCUUAUUUGGUAAGCCCCAGCAAUCCUGUGAUUCGGCCAGGCUGUUGGUGUUCAUUUGUAUUCUGUUAUUUCAGUCCAGAGUGCCUCAUGGGAAUUCACAUAGGAAGCAGUCUAGUAGCCUGUAUCUCCCUUCCACUGCAAGCUGUAGAAGAUGAGCCUUUUGGAAUCUAAAAUUUGCAAGAAAGUUUUCUUUUUCCAACAUCAUUGUACAUUAAAUUGUAAGAGUUUGGGUUUUUUUGAGGGUAACCCUGGACUAAUCUUUCUCUUAAAUGCCCCUUAAAAAUUUUAUCACACUCCUUGAUGUGCUUCCUGUGGACUUUACUGGAAAAAUUCCUGCAGGAACAGAUUGAAGAAAACAUGGCCAAUCAACGGGAUUACAUUAGCAGACCUAUUUGCAAUGGGAUUUCUGUUCCUGAAAAUAAAAUCAAUUCCUUAGUGGCUGAAGGUCAUGGACAACAGAUUCUAAAAGUACUACAAAAGUUCAGAGAACAAAAUAUAUUUUUUGAUUUUAAAAUUGUUGUGAAAGAUGAAAUAAUUCCCUGUCAUCGUUGUGUACUGGCAGCAUGCAGUGAUUUUUUCAGAGCCAUGUUUGAAGUUAACAUGAAAGAACGAGAUGAUGGCAAUGUUACUAUUAGUAAUCUAUCACCCAAGGCAGUGAAAGCUUUUCUUGAUUACGCUUACACAGGAAAAACAGAGAUAACAAAUGAUAAUGUGGAAAUGCUCUUCCAACUGUCAUCAUUUCUUCAAGUUUCACUCCUUUCCAAAGCUUGCAGUGACUUUCUAAUAAAAAGUAUUGAUCUUGUGAAUUGCCUACAGUUGCUUUCUCUAUCAGAAAGUUAUGGGUCCAUCCGCUUGUUUGAUCAUGCGCUAGAUUUUGUACAGCACCACUUUUCAUUGCUGCUCAGAUCAAGUGAUUUUUUGGAGAUGAAUUUUGAAAUAUUACAAAAAUGUCUUGAGGCCGAUGAGCUAAAUGUCCCUGAGGAAGAAUCAGUGUUGAAAGCUGUCCUCCAGUGGACCAAACACAACUUAGAAACACGGCAGAAAUACCUGCCUAAUUUGAUUAAAAAAGUGAGACUACACCAGUUACCUGAAAAGACUUUGCAGGACUUUCUGCAUUCUGAAGAACACUUACUUAAGAGUGCUAAUUGCUCAGUAAUAAUCAGUGAUGCAGUUAAAAGUGUGCAAAACUUCAGUGGACUGUUUCCAGAUGCACGUCCUUCAACAACAGAAAAAUAUAUAUUUGUUCAUAAAACUGAUGAAGAUGGAGAAAACAGACAUACAUUCUGCUACAACAUCAAAACAGAUAAAUGGAAGGAACUACCACAUACACACAUGAUUGAUCUACCAGGGUCAAGUUUAUCUAGCUAUGGAGAAAAAAUAUUUAUAACUGGAGGAUGCAAGGGGAAUUGUUACAGGACUGUCAGGCUUCAUAUUGCUGAACCGUUUCAUGAUGCCACUGACCAAACCUGGUGCUACUGCCCAGUCAGCAAUGAAUUCUCCAUAGUGUCAGCUAUGAAAAAACCAAGGACAAUGCACACAUCUGUUGUAACCUUAAAUCAGCUCUUUGUAAUAGGUGGAAAGACCAGAGGAGCUCAAGAAACUCGAAGUCUUUUGGAUGUGGAAUCCUAUAAUCCUCUUUCCAAAGACUGGAAAUCUGUAAGUCAAUUACCAAGAGGUAUCUACUAUCCAGAAGCAAGUGCGUGUCAGAACAUAAUUUAUGUCCUUGGCUCAGAAGUAGAGAUUACUGAUGCCUUUAAUCCAUCUCUUGACUGUUUCUUUAAGUAUAAUGCCAUGACUGAUCAGUGGUCUGAGCUUGUAGCAGAAUUUGGGCAGUUUUUCCAUGCAACUCUAAUCAAAGCUGUUCCAGUGAACUGCACAUUGUACAUAUGUGAUCUCUCCACUUACAAGGUCUACAGUUUUUGCCCAGAAACCUGUGUUUGGAAAGGGGAAGGAUCUUUUGAAUGUGCUGGCUUUAAUGCAGGGGCAGUUGGGACAGAAGACAAAAUUUAUAUAUUAGGUGGUGAUUAUGCUCCAGAAGAAAUCACAGAUGAAGUUCAAGUUUACCAUAGUAGUAGGUCUGAGUGGGAAGAAGUUUCACCAAUGCCAAGAGCCUUAACUGAGUUUUACUGUCAGGUCAUUCAAUUUAAUAAAUAUAGGGACCCUUGGUCACCUGUACUGACAAUUUGCUCUGGAGAAUUUUGAAACUCCUGAAUCAACAGAAUCUAUUUAAAUGCACAAGUUUUAGAACAGAUUUUUAAGUAUUCAUUUCCAGAUGGAGAAAUAUGUACCUGUUUGUUUAAAUCUUCAGUUUAAAUUGUAUGUUGUAGGAUUGCUUUUGGAAGAGUCCAUUAACAUGUCAUUCAUGCUAGUUAUUAUAUAGAAAGUAUUAAUUUUAUAUACAACUCUUCUCUGUAAUUAAUAAUUUUGAAAAUUAUGUUACUUUUCAAAAAAGAAUAGUCAUGAGGAAUUCAUUGUGUAAUAUGUGCCAUUAUGUCUGUAAUAUUUGCAGUUGUCCCAGUAGACAAAUUGCUAAAUGAGAAAAUUGACUGUGAUACUGUUUCCGCUAUGUAACUUAAGUUUAAAAGAAAUCCACAUUAGUUGUUUUAUUUAGAUUUUUUAUAUUCAUAAAACUGGAAGAGGAAUUAAUUGUCAACUUUAUCUUAUCGGAAUGACCUUAGCAAGGGCAAGAGCCAAAGUGACCUUCACAGCAUUAAAACCAGGUAUCUAACUUGAAGAGACUGAUAAUUGCUAUCAUCUUACUUCAGCUCUUCAGUUUCACCCGUUUUUCUCCAUCCUUGUGCCUUAGUAGUAGCUCUAUUUUCUGUUUCCAUCCCAUUACCUGUAGCAAGAUAAACUUCAAUAACAUACUGCAGAGUGGGCAAGGUUUCUACAGGAUGGAUGAUUCAUGUGAUAUCUUUGUUUCAGUCAUGUUGUUAACUAAAGAAAAAACCCUUCAGGAUGUUUUCUAACAGAAGUCUUCCAUCUCUGAAGUCUCCAAUGCUACCUACUAAGCAGUCAACAGGCUGCUUAUAGCAGCAAGCUGUAAAAUAAAUUGUAGUUGUUGCUUUGGUUAACUAUGGGAGAAGUUUGUAUCUUGUCAUACAUCAAAUACAAAGUUACAAAACUACACCUGUAUUAAAAGUCAAAGUAAAUAGUAUUUCUGAGGUGAAAAGUCUUCUGGAGUGGCUUAAAUGAAUUAAAACACUUGUACUUCAUGGUCAUUUUAAGUGUUAAAAUAUUACAUAGUAAACACUACAUAAUAUAUUGCUUGAUAAACUUUCAGUAGUCAUCUAUUAUAAUGUUAAAAUUGUAAUGGACUUUUAGUAUUAAUAUUAAUCUAGGCAUACAUCGUGAAGUAAAUCUGAUCUCAUGCUUACAAAGGGGGCCCUCUUUCUGACAGGAGAACAGUGAAAUUAGCUAGGUUUCAUAAAUUCAUUUGUAAUCUUCUACAGCCUGAGAAUUUUCUUUUUGUACUAGGUACUCAAAUAAGACACUGAGAGCCCUUAUGUUCCUUAUAAAUAUCAUGUAAGCAGUAAGGUUGUCCUAUGCCAGACAGAAUGGUUCUAAACAUCUAAGCAUAACUUUUCCAAGCAGUUUAAAAAUUAAUAAAGUUUAGUGAGGCAUCUGAAACAUCUUUCAGACAAAAAGAGACAACUGUGCCAAGUUCAUUAUCACAUCACUACUGCAUGUACUUUUUGCAAAACUCAAGCUCAAUAUUAAUGCUUAAAGCUUAAUAUUGCCUAGAACAUACUUUUGUUUUAAACAGUAAACAAUGGAAUUCUGUGAUUAAUUCUAUAAUUUGUUAUCAGAUACCUUUAUAAAUUUACAUAACAUUCAUUAUAACUGUUUUCAUAAGUACAUAAGUAUUCAGAUUUGGGGAACAUAUUAAUAGAGAAGAACCCUUCCACUCAAUAAUUCACUUGUAUUAAGAUGUGUGUCAGUUCUGUAGAAGUAAACAGCUGCUUGUUACAAUAUUUCAGGCAACUUCCACAUUUAUUUUGCUUUUUGCAUAGUAAGUCUCCAAAUCAUAUUGUAACUACAAUUAGCUAGGUAACCUCUACAAUCAUCUUAGGGAAAUGUAAAUAUUUUUAUAUUGGAACACAACUUUUUAUUAGUACAAAGCAAAUGUAUUGAGUAGUAUUGAGUAGAGAGAGGAAGAAUACUAUUCCUGCUUACUGAAACUCUAGGAGAAAAAUAAGACACAUAGGAGAAGAGUAGUGUUAGUAUUAAUAAAAGCUACUCAGCACAGCUUAGAGACUUCACUGACCAUUAAUUAUUGCAGCUUGUCACAUCGGAAUAUAAGGCCCAGUUCUCUUUUGCUUGUUUAUUUGUGUUGGUUUUAUACCUGAGUAUUGUGAGUAUGCAGUUUAUGCAAUGACAGAAGUAACAUACUAUACCCAUAGGACAUGGGUAUAAAUAGCUAUGCAAAUUGGAAGAGACUAGAGAAUUGCAAGGGUUUUUUAAUUGCCACUGUCAUGACCAAAUUGCUGGAUCACAUAAACAGCGAGUGAGUCAGUGAGUAAUUCAGGUAAUACUCUUUCCCCCAAGUUUUUUGUUACAGCAGCUUUUUUUGGCAGUCUUCCAUCCAGCUACUUGCUAUAUAUAUUAAGACUCUAGCAUAGGACAUCAGACAGAGUAAUGACAUAUGAGAUAAAUUAGUGUAGAUAGUGAAAACUGAAUGAAGCUUAAUUGGGAAAAUACACAUGCUUCUUUAAUAUUCUAUGCUACACUUGCACAGGAACUAAUGUCAGUUCCCAGUUUGACAGAUCAUUCAUGGAUUUCACAUGGAGUUGAGCUUUUUUACUCAGUGAUCAGGAAAUAGAGUAGUAGUGUCAAUUACUUUCUAGCAUUGCUUACAGAAAAGUUACUGUGAAAUAAGACUGGUUUUCUUCAGUUAGGCAGGGAAGCCUGUACUACAGAUCUCACAAAAGGAAAGAAGGUCAUUUGCCACAAUUCCACAGACAAAGUAUUAAAUCUGGUAGCAGAAUUGAAUGCAGAAGAAGCUGUGUUAGAAAGUUAUGGUUAAAAAUAAGGCUUUCUGAUAGAAUUAAAAGCCUAUAUUCCAAACCCUGUGACUGAUUGCUAAAGAUGUAAGAAAUCUCAAUGAACUCAGCUACACUGACUAAUAUGGAUUAUUUGCAUGAAUAACUGCUGUAGGUCUGGAUCAAAUAGAUUUUUCAUUCUACUUUACACAGCUGUUAUGCAAUUUAAAAAAGGUCAGAAAGUCAGUACAAAGCGAGUUUUUCUAUAUCUUUUCUGACUUUUCAAAGCUCACAGUACUUUAUGAAAAAGUACCUUCAUUAAAAAAUAGUUGAUGACUAAUGAUUACCAGUGUUCUCACUGAAAUAGAGUAAGAUGUUUAAAACAAAUUGCAUGUAAAGUUAUAAUUACUAUUUGCACUUAAACGAUGUAACCAAAACAUUUCUAAUAGUAUUCUAUUUUAUGUCACAGAACACAUUAUAAGCAUGACCAGUAUAAUAUACAUGGAGAUAAUAUAUAUUAUAUGUGGGAUUUUAAUAUCCAGUGAUGAUUAUAUUGGAUAAUCUUAAUUUUUAAAGAAUGCUAUCAAAACAUUUAGCACUUUGAUAAUGUUAUCACACUGUUUUAGUUGUUAAAAUAAAUAUCAAUUAUUCAGGUGUUGAUUAUGUUUGCACAGACCUGAUGAUUAUUAUUUAUUUGCUAAUUUUUGGUUUUCUAUAUUCAAAAUACAUUUUUAGUAAGUCGGUUUAUUGCUGUUAAAAAUUUAUUAUAUGCACUAAACGGAGUAGAUUUACCAGGUCAGAUUUAUUUACGGUAUUACUCCAUGAAGAAAGCUGUUUACCUCCUCUGGUUAGUAUUAGGUAGUAGGCAAAGUAUAGGUUGUAGAACGUGCUGACUGCAGUUUGUAAUGUGGAGUAUAAUUGUAGAUGUUUCUGUUUGUAGGUGACCAACAGGAGGCAGCAUAAGAUCUAUUUUAAUUAAAACAGCCUGAAAACAAGGAUAUAUUUCACAUUAUUUAUACUUGACCAUUAUGCUCAAUUUACUUUUUUUUUUCCUUCUAACAUCCAAUAAAGCAUAGAGAUCACUAAUAUUUUGCUGCUGCCUGGGCUCUGCUGAUAUGUGGAAAGUAUGAUACUACAUGUUCGCCAAGAUGUUUGUUCUUUUGUGAAUAAAAGCACUGAGCAACCAAA